AUGUUGUCAACAAUUCUCACUAUCACACUCAUUUCGAUUGUUGGAUCGCAAGCCCUCAAGUUAGAGCUGGCCGAGGAAAAAACUCCAUACGAUUAUGUAAAGGAUAGAAUAGAUUCAAUGUUAGUGGACACGAGAAGUGGAAUGCCGUUAUCUAGUUCGUAUGAGGUUGAAGAGACAGAAGAUUAUCCCGAGGAAAUCAAGGGAGCGGCGUCAACUAUACAUAACGCAGUGUCUGGUGUUGGAUACGGCCAGGGUAUUGGUCUCGGUGGUCUUGGAGGAAUAGGAUUAGGUCAGGGAUUGGGAAUAGGCCUAGGAGGUCUCGGAAUUGGAAACGGUAUUGGUCUCGGUGGCGUUGGGGCCGGUAUUGGUGCAGUUAACGGGAUCGGAGGUGUUGGAUUAGGCAACGCAGGAAUUGGUGUAGCAAAUGGAUUAGUUCAACCAGGCUUAGGAGGCAUUGGUGUCGGUGGUUUCGGAGUUGGGAAUGGUCUUCUUUAUCAUCCAGUUUUAGGAACACAAGUUCAAGGAGGUUAUGUAGAUAAAAACGCAUAUGAUUCUGCUCAGAAAAAGGGCGCCGACCACAAUGUUGAAAAGUUAGAAAAAAAAGAAGAAGAGGAAAUCAAGCACGGUCAAGAAGGAUUCCAGCAAGGUGCUGCUGCUGCUAAGGCAGAAAAGGGAGAAUCUAGCUUUUACAAAGACGAAGAAGCAAAAAAGAAAGCAGCCGGCGAUGAGAAGUUUUACGAAGGUGGACAAAAAGUGAACAAGCAAGGCGCUAACGAAGAACAAAUAAAGAAGGCAAAGAGUCACAAGAAGGGCCAUGUCAGCAAGGGUUUUAAGUCAUCCAGCAGCAAGAAUGAAGAAGAGAAAUCUGAAAGCUUCUAUGACGAAGCUCACGAUGAGGCUGACCACAAAAUCGCUGGGCAGAAUGCGGGAUCAUUUGGAGAAAAUGCGCAACAAGGUUUCAAAGGCGCUCAUGAGGAGAAAGUCCUCGAUGCCAAUUCCCAGGGCAAGGAAGGACACCAUGUAUCUGAGGAAAAAGUUGAUGAUGCCAAAGCAAACAAGGGUGAAUUCCUGCAAAAAGGCUAUAAGGGUGGCGCAGAGCUGUUAGAAAAGUUCAACAAUCUCGGUGCCCAAGCUGUCCAUGGACACCAAGAGGCAAGUGGCGGUUAUCAGCAGAAUAAGGGCAUAUUACCCAUUCAUUAA